CUCCUCGCUCAGUCUUACCUCUGCAGCCUCUGGAGGAAGUUGUAGUGACUUACAGGAAGAUACAUUUGCCUUUUUCAGAACACAAGAACAUAUUUGAGUGAGGAGAAGGAUGCUUGGUUUCCUUGGAUGCUUCGUUUGUCUUUUGGUGGCUUCUGUUGUCAAUGCAGAUGGUCGAGUGUUUGUGGUGGAGCUUGGGAACUUGUCGUCCAGUUCUACGUUACGUGACGCCGAGGGGGCUUGCGCCUCCCGGCAGGCCCGCCUGGCGUCGGCCUCGGAGCUAAGACACGCCGUCAUGGAGUGCUUCUUCUCCUCGUGCACUCGCGGUUGGCUAUCCGGAGGCUCCCUCGGGACCACCGAGUGUAACUAUGUGGGCGGCUCGCUAAAAGCCGUGGACGUGAGGACAGAAAACGCUACGGGCGACCCCAACAGUUUGAAUGCAUUCUGUAUCAAAGACAAAGGCGUGCCGUGCGAGGACCCCCCUUCUUUCCCCAACGCCCGCCUUCAGGACCACAGCGGCUUUGAACUGGGCGAUGAGCUCCUAUACACAUGCGUUCCAGGCUACGUCAUGCCCAACGGCCACAGUGCCUUCAGCUUGCUGUGCGACAGCUGCGGCGAGUGGUAUGGACUGGUGCAGAUUUGCAUCAAAGACGUUACGGAGACUCACGUGGACUACGAGGACCAGUUCACGUAUGCCGAUGCGGACCACCAGAAUGAGGACGACAGGCAAUUGGAGGCUCACCCAACCAUGGCCCGCCCAGAAGAACCCAGGGACCAGGAGCUCCAAAAGAUAAGCUUUCAAAGAGAGGAAGAGGAUCCAAACAUGCACGGUCAAGAGAAGGUCCAAGUCGAUGGUGUGGAGAUUAAAGAAAUGACGGGAAGUGACAAGGAACGGGAUUGGGAGGACUCCGCUGGGCAGGAACGGGUUGCGACGACGGCAUCCACCGAACCGCCGGUCUCCCUCUUGACCCAGAAACAUCUCUUCUGGUUCCCCUCGGAGGCCUUCCAGCAGCAACAGCAGGAACAACACCCAGUCUCCAUGGACCCCGUGACCCUGACUACAACUCAGCGGUCCUCCGGCGGGCAGUCCGAGGAGAACUUUAACAACCGCGAGCGAGAGAGUUUCGAUCACCGUGAUGUCGGUCAAGUGGAACAAAUUCCAGUUCAGCAGGAAGAACUGGAGAAUCGCGACCACAACGAAAACCACCACGACGAUCACUAUGACAUGGGCGAGCAUGAGGAGGUGCGCUACAGCAGCCGGAAUGACAGUUCUGACGGACAUGGUGUCCAUGAGGACGGCAGCCAUUUUCAGGAGAAUGGUUCUGAAGACCAUCUGGACCAUGACGAUCAUGACGAUCGUGUUCAUGAAGAAAAUUACGAGCACGAUAACAACAACCACGGUGAUGAUCAUGACCAUGAUCACUAUGAACACUAUGACCACAAACACCACGAUCAUGACGAUGACGUCCACCGCGACGACCACGACGAACAAGACCAUGACGAUCACAACGGUCACUACGACCCCAAUGAAUACAACAACCGUGAGGACGAUAACAGCGAAGACCGUAACCACUAUACAGACGACGGGAGGCAGGAUGGCGACAACAGCCACGCCGAACACGAUAGCCACGACGAACAUGAGAGCCGCGAAGACGAUGACGAUCGUCAGCACGUCGUCUUUCCUGAAACAAGCGAAACCAGUCAUAACGCCACCCGGGACGACGUAGGGGGAGCGACCACCACAGACGAAACCUGGCUGGACGGACACCCGGUUGCCGUCCACCCUAAUGAGGUAGAAGAACUGGGCCCAGACGCCAGCAUCCCAGAAGCACCUGAAACUGAAGAACGGGAAACCACCGCCCCAGACAACCCCGCCUCUUCCUCUUCCUCGGAUACGAUGGAGUACGACACCCAGCAGGUGGUCCCCACCAAUUCGUGGCUCCUAGACCUUACCCAAAACCCCUUCCUGGAUCCGACACAGGAUAGCGACACCCUCGAUGAGUCAACCGGGGAGCGCACCUUGCACAACUUGCCCGGUGAGACUGGUGAGAGGGGUGAGGUGGAGGGCGAGAUGGGCGAGACGGUAUGCAUUGGGGAGAACUGCCCGCCGCCCAACCCCUCGCGCCAAGGCCCCACCGUGGCGGCCAUCAUUGCGGCGGUAUGCGUGGUGGUCGCGGCAGUCAUAUUGACGGUGUGGUGCUACCGGUGGCGACAGCAGAAGAAUUCUGCGUACAACAUGAACGGGAAGGGACAAAGCAGCCAGCAUAUGGAGAUGCAACAGAAAGUUUAGGGGGUCAGAGACUCUUUGGGGUGGAAUGUGCAGCAGAAUUUGGGAUAAAUUUGCGGGGGGUGCGAGAGACAAGUCGGACCACAACAGAAAAGUGACACACAGUGGACCCUCGGAAGUCGAACACAAGCCGUUUCCAUUUAGAUUUUUUUUUUCAGGAUUUGGGGUUAAUUUUCACACUGACUGCAUUCGAGGGGAAAAAGUAAAGCCAUUUAUUUGUUGGUGCCUUAAGAGCAAACUCGGUAAAGCAGAAGCAACACAUAGCUGUGUGUUCGCACGCUCGAUGCGGCUCCACGUAUUGAGAUAAGAAAAUGCCAGACGACGUCAUACGGACAGCGCCAUUGCUCUCAACGUAAAAGGGCGUGGCCAGCAAGUUUCGGGUGUUAACCUUCACCCUCUUGUCACAGAGGUCCGCUUUCCACCAUCGUUACGGUCCUGUCCUACAUUAGUAGCUGGUGGU